GUGACAGCCGCGAGUCCGGACUUCGCAGCGGGUCCGGGCGAGGACAGGUCGGGCUGGGCAGCGUGUCCCCAUCACACGCUCCCUUUUCCCCUUGCGGCUCGCAGCGCUCCCAACCUUCCAGGUUCUAAGUUCUGCUCCAGCUGUCCACCCCAUCACCUUCUGGCCGAGACCCGGCCUGUCCGCUUCUAGGCUCAGGAGGUUUUAGUGGCUUAAAAACAAAAACAAAAACAAGAACCCAAACCAAAAAACCUGCUUGAGAGGAGGGGGCGUGGCGGGGAAGGAUGCGAAACCCUGUUUUCCUGCUCGGCUUCUGGAGCGUCUAUUGUUGCUUCCCGGCGGGAAGUCUCACAACCUUGCGUCCCCAGGGGUCGCUGCGAGAUGAGCAUCGUAAACCCACGGGAGUGCCAGCUACCACCAAACCCUCUGUGGUUUUUAACAUCCGCACUUCUAAGGACCCAGAGCACGAAGGGUGUAAUCUCUCCCUUGGUGACAGCAAACUCUUAGAAAACUGUGGCUUCAACAUGACAGCCAAAACCUUCUUCAUCAUUCAUGGAUGGACGAUGAGUGGUAUGUUUGAAAGCUGGCUGCAUAAACUUGUAUCAGCUCUGCAGAUGAGAGAGAAAGAUGCUAACGUAGUGGUGGUUGACUGGCUGCCCCUGGCUCACCAGCUGUACACGGAUGCAGUCAAUAACACCAGGGUUGUGGGACAAAGAGUAGCUGGGAUGCUCGACUGGCUGCAGGAGAAGGAAGAGUUUUCUCUUGGGAAUGUUCACUUGAUUGGCUACAGCCUUGGAGCACAUGUGGCUGGAUACGCUGGCAACUUUGUGAAAGGAACAGUGGGCAGGAUCACUGGUCUGGACCCCGCAGGACCCAUGUUUGAAGGGGCGGACAUCAACAGGAGGCUGUCCCCGGACGAUGCAGACUUUGUGGAUGUCCUGCAUACCUACACGCUAUCCUUUGGCUUGAGCAUCGGGAUUCGGAUGCCGGUGGGUCACAUUGACAUCUAUCCCAAUGGUGGCGACUUCCAGCCAGGCUGCGGAUUCAAUGAUAUCAUCGGAUCUUUUGCGUAUGGAACAAUCUCAGAGAUGGUGAAGUGUGAGCACGAGAGAGCCGUACACCUCUUUGUCGAUUCUUUGGUGAAUCAGGACAAGGCCAGCUUUGCCUUCCAGUGCACGGACUCCAGCCGCUUCAAAAGGGGGAUCUGCCUCAGCUGCCGGAAGAACCGUUGUAACAACAUUGGCUACAAUGCCAAGAAAAUGAGAAAGAAGAGGAAUAGCAAGAUGUAUUUAAAAACCCGGGCUGGCAUGCCUUUCAGAGUUUACCACUAUCAGCUGAAAGUUCACAUGUUCUCUUACAAGAAUAGCGGCGAAAUCCAGCCCACCCUCUACAUUACCCUGUAUGGUAGCAACACAGACUCCCAGAACCUGCCCUUGGAAAUAGUGGAGAAGAUUCAGCUGAAUGCCACAAACACCUUCCUGGUCUACACUGAGGAGGACUUGGGUGAUCUCUUGAAGAUCAGACUUAACUGGGAGGGGGUCUCGAGUUCCUGGUACAACCUGUGGAAUGAGAUUCGCAGCUACCUGUCUCAACCCAGCAACCCCUCGAGGGAGCUGUACAUCCGACGAAUUCGUGUCAAGUCUGGGGAAACUCAGAGAAAAAUGACAUUUUGCACCCAAGACCCUAAGAAGAGUAGCAUCUCCCCUGGCCAGGAGCUGUGGCUUCACAAGUGUCAGGAUGGUUGGAGAAAGAAAAACGAAACCAGUCCCUUCACAGAGCUGUCCUGAGGGCCCAAGAAGUCAUGACGUCCACAACCACACCCCACUGUCCACGCACAUGGAGAAAAGUUACUGCUGAAGACCCACUCAAUGGUGGAUCUCAGCCUUGCCGCCCCACGAGGAGCUUGCUUGCUGGGCUCAUCCUGUCUCCCCUGACAACUGUGACUUCUCCCUGAGAGGCCUGUGCACUGCUGAAGUUCUUGCCGAUGAUUCUAACUCCAAACCUCUGCUGCCUCCUCAGGAAGCUGAGUCCAGGUUGUGUGUGAGCCCUGGAAUGUCCAGAGUCCUGUACACUUGGGGCCACCCUUACUGUUGCUAGGUGAGCCCUGGCUUUGUCCAACGGCGGGGAACACAGGCUCUGUAGUGGCUCUGUGUGGGAAGGUCCACAGCUGCUUGGCCUCACUGAACCUUAGUGACAGGUCUUUGCCUCAGGAGCUGCCUCAUGUCAUAGUGGCAGCCCUGUUCCCUAGAGAGGGGACCGUAGAUCAGGCUGGGACUGUUGUCCUCCCACACGAGGUACUGCUGGAUCCUGGAUCUAGCCUGGUCAUUUCAUCAUGCCUCCCAGAUCACCUUCUGAAGUUCACAUUGUUGGCAUUUCCUUUUUUAUGUUAUUCAUACUUUGGCUAGACAAACAUUUAUUGGGCACAGUAGACACAUAACUCCACUUUGGCAUCAGGAGCUGAUGGGAUCAGGGUCCCUGGAAUGGCUCAAGUUCACUGGCCCCUGAGAAUGCCCGUGUGAGUUAAAGACAGAUGGGAUGAAAGCGAGGGCUACAGGCUGAGCUUGGGCUCUGAGGCUUUUAUGUACCAUUUCCUCUGAGGGACACCCUUGAUCACUAGCAGAACAUCAUCACGCUAGCCACAGUGGCGGAGCAAAGUCUCUGCUGGUUAGGGAGCUGUACAGUGUUGCAUGAGUCCUACAUACCUGCUAUGCAGAAACCAGCCCCGGGGACAGAGUUGGCUUCAUGUUUGCUACAGUGCUCCUUCUUCCAUGAGGUAGUUUGUGUUUAGUGCCUUAUCUGUUAAACUCCUGGAAGAAAGCCCCCUAUUCUAGAUCUUAAUGUGACCUGAUAAAUGUGAUGCCUGAGACACCCUUUUGUAGUUUGUAGACAGCUUGCAUGUGUGCCACCUAAUUAGAAUGCAGGGAUCCGGGCAGCCAUUAUUAUUCUAUUAUUCUUGUUUUACGAAGUUCAGUCACCUGCUUAGAUGACAUAGCGAGGUGGCGGUGGGAGGGGGCAAGCUAAGGACCCAGCAAGGUUUCCUGGAGGCAAAGUUCAUGAAAUCCUUUCUGUAACUCCAUAAAGAUGCCUGCAGCUAUUUCCUACCAAGGUGUUCCCGAUGUAAUAAGCACGGGACUCCUUUUCUUCAGAGCUAUCCAUAAAAUCUAAACCCUUUCCUUAAGAGACAAGCAGAAGAACUCAUGGGAGAAGGGUUGAGUUUUUGUGGGUGUGCUGUCAGCCAGAGGUGGGGGGAGGUGGGGAGAGCGAUCACUCUGUGUUUAGGUUUGUAAUGGACACUCUUUGUAUCUGUACUGUACCAACUUUAUAUCACUGUUUCAUGCCAAAGUUCUGAAGAUGUAACCAUUUGACCAACCCUUCACACAAAGUGCCCUCUCAAGGCCCCCCACCCCCACCCCUAGUGUGCUUCUGGGAUUGCUUUCUCACCAAAGCAAAGCUCGAAUCUCGUUGGUGGCCAUGUAUCCAGCUUGUGUUUAGUAAGGGGAGCUUGGUGAGCUGAGUCCUCUGUGGGUUGUGUAGUUAUCCAUUUGGCGCGAAGCUUUGUUUGUAUAUUUGAUGCUUUUUAAGAAAUGCUCAGACCAUUAUUUAUUUCUUGAGUGUAUAUAAUGUAUAAAGACAGAUAUAUCAUUAGUUUUUACUUUAAGAUUAACCAAUUUCAAGAUUUACAAAAAGUUUAAAUAGUAAAAUAAAAAAGUAUACAACUCUUA